UCAAAGAGUGACCACAUGUUUCAUAUUUUUAUCUGAAAAAUUCAGAAGAGUCGGCCAUAUAUUUCAUAUUUUUCUCUGCAAAAUCCAGAAGAGUCGAACGUUUGUUUCAAAUUUUUCUCAAAAAGAUUCCGAUUUCUGAAAAAAUCGACCAUAUGUUUCAUCUGUUUCUAUAAAAAAAUUAUGAAGAGUCGACCGUAUGUUUCAUAUGUUCCCCUAAACUACAAGGAAUGGUGGUAGCAACUGCGUCUGCAUCUGCAUAUGCAUCUCCGACUGCAUCUGCAUGACAUCGUGAUGUCAAUGGUGAAAAUGGAAGGCAGAGAUGCUGACCGGCGGUGAAUAAACAAACAUAUAGAUGAGUCGUAUACGAAAACAAACAAACAAAUAAUAACGUAGAGAAGUAGACAAAAGAUUUUGGAUCGGAAACUUAAAAAACCAAUCGCGUUGAACUUGAGAUAAUCAUUGUGAGUGCGGACAGAUACACAUGGAGGGGACCUGCAAAAUGGGGAAAAUAAUGGGGACCAUACUCCUUUUCUUCUUCUUGUGCUCAGUGGCAGAGGCUAAUAAUCAUCAUAAUGAUGGAUAUGAGAGGCCCCGCAGUGAUCAUCCAUUUUCACAAAUAGCUCUCGAAAAGGCCACCAUUGCACUGGACAAAUCUGCUCGCAUCAGCGCUACUCCCUCUCUCCUUGGUGUUCAGGGCGAGACUUAUCAGUGGGUGACAGUGACAUACAACCACACUUCACCAGCAGCAGAUGAUUGGAUUGCUGUCUUUUCUCCAGCAAAUUUCAAUGCUUCAACUUGCACCCCACAAAGUGGGCCAGAUGAUAGUCAGAUCCCUUUGUUAUGCUCUUCACCUAUUAAGUUUCAAUAUGCAAAUUAUUCAACCAUCAAGUACACAAAUACAGGCAAAGGAGAGUUGAAGCUUCGGCUGAUCAAUCAACGAGCUGAUUUUGCUUUCGCAGUUUUCUCAGGCGGACUGUCUGAUCCAAAGUUGUUGGCAAUUUCCAAUACUGUUAGUUUUGCAUAUCCGAAGGCACCUCUCUAUCCACGUCUUGCGCAAGGAAAAUUAUGGAACGAGAUGGCAGUUACAUGGACAAGUGGAUAUGGUAUUGAAGAAGCAAUGCCUAUUGUUGAAUGGGGUCUUCAAGGAGAAAGGUCAAGCAUGGUCUCCCCAGCUGGAACACUGACAUAUGUGCGCAACAUGAUGUGUGGUCAACCUGCUAGUACAGUUGGCUGGAGAGACCCUGGUUUCAUACACACAAGCAUGUUAAAGGAUUUGUGGCCAAAUGCCAAAUACUACUAUAAGGCUGGUCAUAGACUGGUCAAUGGUUCAUAUGUUUGGGGACAGAAAAAGAGUUUUAGAGCCUCCCCAUAUCCUGGCCAAGAUUCUUUGCAACGCGUAAUUAUUUUUGGUGACAUGGGAAAGGCGGAGCGUGAUGGUUCUAAUGCAUAUAGCAACCACCAACCAGGUACUUUGAACACUACUGAUCGCCUGAUUGAGGACUUGGAGAAUAUUGACAUUGUAUUUCACAUUGGAGAUCUAUCCUAUGCAAAUGGUUACUUGUCCGAAUGGGAUCAGUUCACAGCACAAGUGGAGCCCAUUGCCUCACAGGUUCCGUACAUGGUUGCAAGUGGGAACCAUGAACGUGAUUGGCCUAAUUCAAAUUCAUUCUAUAAGAAUACAGACUCAGGAGGAGAAUGUGGAGUGCCAGCUAAAACCACAUUUUAUGUGCCAACAAACAGUGAUGCUAAGAUAUGGUAUUCAACAGACUAUGGCAUGUUUCAUUUCUGCAUUGCAGAUUCGGAACUUGAUUGGCAGAAGGGAACUGAGCAAUACGAAUUCAUUGAGAAGUGCUUAGCAUCUGCCGAUAGACAAAAACAACCAUGGCUCAUCUUUAUUUCACAUCGAGUUCUUGGUUAUUCCUCAAAUUCAUGGCUUGCUUACCAUGGAGCAUUUGAAGAGCCAAUGGGAAGAGAAACAUACCAAGAACUUUGGCAGAAAUAUAAGGUUGACAUUGCUUUCUUUGGACAUGUUCACAACUACGAACGAUCAUGCCCUGUUUAUGAAAAUUACUGUGUCAGUGAAGAAAAGACGCAUUAUUCGGGUACUUUCAAUGCAACAAUUCAUGUCGUUGCAGGGGGUGGAGGAAGUCAUCUUUCUGAUUACACCACUUUACAAACCUCUUGGAGCGUUUUUAAAGAUCAAGAUUUUGGUUUUGUGAAGCUAACAGCUUUCAACCAUUCUUCAUUGCUGUUUGAGUACAAAAAAAGCUCAGAUGGAGAAGUAUACGACAGUUUCUGGAUCACAAGAGAAUAUAAAGACGUUCUUGGUUGUGACUCCAUCGGUAACUGCCCACGUACUACCCUGGCUCAGUAAAUUUGCAGAAGAAUCUAAUCAUUCCAUAUGUAAUCCCAUGAAAUAUUUAUGCUCACCUCCAUUGUUCUCUGCAUUGAAGUCUUAUUACUCAGUACAAGGGUAAUAGGAAUGGUUGUUCUCACCCUCAGGGAACUAAGACCUUUUAAUUAAAGGUUUUUUAAUUUAAAAUAAAAUUGUGUGCA